UUCAAGACUGAAGAAAUAUCUAUUAGUUGCUCACAGACUGAAAAAAGGUCCUCACCAAAAAAAGCUCAAAAAAACAAAAAACUUAAUUCCCACAUGGAAAUUCACACUGGAGAGAGCUCUUUCACCUGUCAACAGUGUGGAGAAAUGUUCAAUCAAAAAGAAAGCCUUAAAGUCCACUUGAAAACUCACAUUGAAAAGAAAACGCUAAUAUGCCCUCAGUGUGGAAAAUGUUUUGCACGGAAAAAAAACCUUAAGACUCACGUGAGAAUUCACACUGGAGUGAGACCUUACACCUGUUCUCAGUGUGAAAAGAAUUUUAUACUGAAAAAUCACCUUAAUAUCCACAUGAGAAGUCACACUGGGGAGAAACCUUACACCUGCAAACUGUGUGGGAAGAGUUUUAGACAAAGUUCAGGACUUAAGACUCAUAUGAUAAUUCACAUUGAAAAGAAGCCAUUAAUGUGCUCUCAGUGUGGAAAGUGUUUUACACAGAAAAAAACCCUUGAUGCCCACUUGAGAAUUCACACUGGAGAGAAACCUUUCACCUGCCCUCAGUGUGGAAAGAGUUUCAGGCUCAAAGAAAGCCUAAAGACUCACAUAAGAAUUCACACGGGAGAGAAGCCAUUCACAUGUGAACAGUGUGGAAAGAGUUUCAGAUUUAAAGAAAACUUUUAUAAGCACAUGAAGAUUCAUUCAAGAGAGAACAGUUUUAAAUAUAAUUGUGAAAGGAGUUUCACAGACACAAAUCACCCUAAGAAUCAUGUUAAAAUUCACAGAGAAAAGCCCUUUAUUUGCCUUCACUGUGGAAAGAGUUGCUCAAAAGAAGGAAACCUCAAGGCUCACUUGAGAACUCACACUGGAGAGAAACCUUUCACAUGUGAACAGUGUGGAAAGAGUUUCACAGUUAAAGUAAACCUUAAGAUUCACAUGAGAGUUCACACUGGAGAGAAGCCUUACAAGUGUCUGCAGUGUGAGAAGAGUUUCACAUAUCAAACCAGCAUGAGACGUCAUUUGAAAACUCAUUCUGGGGAGAAACUGCCGUUUUCUUCAGUGUGACAAGGUUUUAAAAAAGGGGCAAUUUUUACAAUCAUCUACACAUUCAUUUUG